AUGAAGAGCCUCAAAGCCAAGUUUAGAAAGACUGAUGUCAAUGAGUGGAACAAAAAUGAUGAGCGGCUCCUGGCUGCGGUGGAGAACGGCGAGGCGGAGAAAGUUGCUGCGCUUCUUGCCAAGAAAGGUGCCAAUGCUGUCAAGCUGGACAGCGAAGGAAAAUCAGCUCUCCACGUUUCCGCAUCUCGUGGUCACACAGACUGUCUGGUUGUGAUCUUGGCUCAUGGAGCUGACCUGACAGCUCCUGACGCUUGUGGUUUUACUGCUCUGCAUCUGGCUGCCAAAAACAAUCACCUGGAUUGCUGCAGAAAACUCCUUCAGAGCAAAUGUCCCAUUGAUGUCCUGGACGGCUCAGGAAAAACUGCCCUGCAUCAUGCUGUUGCCAGUGGGAGCAUCCAGAUUGUUCAACUGCUGUGUGAACUCAAGAGUCCCAUCAACUUAAAAGAUGCAGACGGGGUCACUUCCUUGAUGUUGUCAGCCAAACACAAUCAUCCUGAAGUGUGCAGCAUUUUACUUGACUUUGGGUCUGAAAUCAACGCUUCUGACAAUGCUGGCAGGACCGCCUUGAUGCUUGCCGCUGAGUCCAAUGCCGUGUCAGUGGUUGAAGUUUUGGUGCUGAGAGGGGCAGACCUGUCAGCUGUAGAUGCAGAAGGCCAGGAUGUUGUACACUACACCAAUAUAUCAGGCAACUCUGAAGCUAAAUCUGCCCUCAUGGCUGCUCUGAACAGAAAUCCAGUUUUAGAUGCCAAGUCACCUAAGAGUCCUCAGCAUGAUCAAGUAGCUAAGUUAAAUGAUGAGCGGAUCACAACUCCCAAAAAACGAAAAGCACCUCCACCUCCUAUUAGCCCACAGCAGAGUUCUGGGCCCUCUUCCCCUUCUGUUGUUACAUCUACAAGCACUCCUGCAUCAAAUAAAAGUGACACUCCGAGGAGAUUCAACUACAAGGAGGACGAGAUUAGAGGCGCGACCCUGAAAGAGGAGGUCGGGAAGCUCCAAGAGGAGAGAAAUAUGUUGCUGGAGACGAUCGAAGAGCUGAAGCAGAUGGUGGAGACGGGGACCGCUCCUCCUGAGGUUGACAAAACAGCGUCUGCAGCUCUUGUUUCGGUACUGCAAGCCAAGAUUAAUGCUCUCACUUUGGAGAAUCAGCAACUCGCAAGCAAAGUCAAGAAACAUCCGUCCGUCCAAGGAAAUGAGGAGCUGAAGGAGAACAGUCGUCCAAACAGCAUGGCCUCAAACUCCUCCUUCCACUCCACUCAGGAUGAGUUUGAUUCACAGACACAGAGCACUGCCACCUCUCCGGUGGAAGGACGGAACCAUCCGGAAGCUGUUUCUGUUAAAGAGGAGAAAGAAGGAGGGAGCAAGGAAGAGGUCAGGCUUUUGAGACAGGCACUAGAGAGCGCUAACAUGGAGCUGCUUGAAACAAAGAGAGAAAAUGAUGAGCUUCAAGCACGGCUGAAACCCGAACAAGGCAGAGAAAGAGAGGACAGUGGAAGUGCACAAGAGAGAAGGAGAGAGGAUGAGCUGAUGGAGAGUUUAGCUGACCUGCAGGCAAAGCUGACAGACACUCAAGAGAGAUACCAUCAAGCUAUGGAGGAAGUUGAGGAUUUAAGAGAGCAGAUUAGGAAAAGAGAAGGAGAACCGGCACAGAAACAGGAGACACAGAAACACGCAUCCUCCGCACUUGAACAUGAGGUAAAACAGCUCAAGGCUCAGCUUGUCCAAUCAGAGUCGGAGCGGGAUAAAGCAGCUGAGCGAAUCAGGCACCUGGAGGAGGCUCUGAAGAGGACAGAAGAGGAUAUGCGCGUGGUGAAGGAGAAUGAGAGGAGGACGGCAGAGAUUAAGGAGCGGUACAAGGAGGCGCAAGAGGAAGUCGAGGAGCUUCAGAAAGCUCUGCGGGGCCUGGAUGAGGUGAAGGCUGAGAAGGACGAGGCCAUUGCUGCCCUGCAGCGGCGCUUGCUGGAGAUGUCCCAGUGCUACAGUGAAAUCAACAGUCAGCUCAGCGCCACCCAGAAACAACUGUCUGAGGCCCAAGCUGAGAUCGGUGCGGCCUCCGCCGCCUCCGCAGAGCAGCAGGUCCUCGUGCUGAGCAGGAAGGUGGAGGAGCUGCAGACGGAGCUGGCCCAAACUGAGAGGAAGCACGCGGCCGCUCAGGAGGGGAUUACACGCCUGAAACAGCAGGCGGAGGAACAGACGCAGAACUCUGUUUCCCUCAGCGACCACCAGAGAGUCGUGUCGUCGAUGGGAAAUGCGAUCAAAGAGAUGGAAAGUGAGUUAACAGCCCUGAAAGAACAGCUACACCAAAAGACCACCCAGAUGGAGGCUCUGCAGACGAGGAUGAGUAAUGAGAAAGAAGUCACCCCUGAUGAGUCGGUCUCCCGGUCGGAUCAUGACAACAUGCGGGAGCAGCUGGAGGGUGACGUAAACCAUCUGAGGCAGCUCCUCCAGGAUGCCCUGAGGAAGCAGGAUGAGAUGGCUUUGGAGAUGGCCGAUGUGUGGCAGAAGGCCCGGGAUAAUUGUGCGGAGCGGGAAGCUCUGCAGGAGCUGCUGAUGUCGCGGGAAAAGGAGAACCAGACGCUGAGCUCAAGACUGGCCGAAUCCCAGGAUGCUGUGUGUCAACUCAAACAGCUGGAAGAAAACCAUGUUGCCUCCCUCAGAGAAAAGAAUAAGAGGAUAGAUGACUUGUCUCGGGAAGUAGUUAAACUAAAGGAUGCUUUAAACAGCAUAGUACAGCACUCCUACACCUCCUGCUCCCCCUCCAAGAGACAACAGCAAAGCCAGCAGCUGGAAACGCUGCAGCAGCAAAUCAAACAACUGCAGUACCAGCUCGCUGAAUCAAAGAAGCAGCACCAUGAAAUAGUGUCAGUCUACAGGAUGCAUCUCCUCUACGCUGUUCAGGGUCAGAUGGAUGAGGAUGUACAGAAAGCCUUGAAGCAAAUCCUGAUGAUGUGUAAGAUGCCAAGUCAAGCCAAGGAGACCUGCUGAGACAGAGGCGGGGGGCUCCCAGACACACAGCGUCUUUCAAACUGCAGACUGUGGAUAAACCUGGAAUAUUUGUUUGUUAGGAGUUGGUUUACAAUAGUGCAUUUAUUGCCUUUUUCUCAAGUAAGUUGUUACCUAUACGAUCUUCCCUCCCGCUCAGGAUUGGGGAAGAAAAAGAAAGGUGAAUACAGCUUGUGCUUACAGACAGUUGCAUAAUAUACAGUGUCAGUCAAACAUUUUAUGUACGUCUAUACACUACCAGUGUAUCCUCUAUCCUAUACAUCUGAUAUAAUAUCUAAUUAUCAGCACAGAGAAGAAUAGCACUAAAUUUAGGUUCAGAAUAAAGACUAAUCAGAUCCAACCAGGCACAGACAGCAUGUUCACAAGAGAUGUGAACAGGCACAAAGGUGUGGAUGAAGUGUAAUUGAGGGAAACUUCAUCACUUAGCGAACAUGCUAAUCUCUGCUUCUAAAAAUAAUGAAAUAGUUCUUAUUUUUUGUCUGUGUGAUCAGUCCACACUAAUACUAUGUAAUCUAUCUGUCCGUUAGCUUAAAUCACAUGCACAUGACUGGGAUGGUUGUACGGGGGCUGUUUUGCGACACAAAUAUGCUGUUAAAUGUGCACUCAAAAUAUUGUGUUUGUCUCUCUGGCACACUGUGUAUUGUCAAAGGUUUCCACUUGAUCACACAACAGUAUUAGUGCUAUUUCUAUCUAGGUGUGUCAUAGAUGUCCACUGUUCUCUGACAGAAUAUUUUUGGAGCUCUUAAAAUUUCAAGUGACUGAGCUGGAAUGCCAGCUGAACGGUUCUGCCCUCAGAAUUUUGUUCUGACAGCACUUCUUUGAAUAUAAAUGUUUUCCUGCUUGUUUUUUAUAUAAGUGUACUGUAGAAGUUUGAACUCUGUGUUUUCCAUGGCCUUGUGCGUUUUUUGUGUGAAUCAGAAGCCUUUUCUCCUCGUGACUAUCAUCAUUUAUACAAGAGGCUGGCUUUAUCCAUCUUCAAACAAACAAACAAAACAGUUUGAGUCAUAAGCCUGACGACAUGCGCUCUGUUUCUUUGUUUUUGACUCAGAGGAAACUCGUCCAGUCCUUUCCCACCAUUUGGUCUUUUGUUUGAGACUUCUUACUUGAAAUGCGUGUGUACUGGCUGAAACCAAAUUGUGGUAAAGUUCCCCUGUCACCUGUAAUCAGACAGUUUUCCCAUCUUGCUGUCUUUUACCGUCUCAUUAUUUAUUUAUUUAGCACAGAUGGGUUUACUCCUCUUUCUGCUUGUUAAUAUUCAUGUCUCUUUUACAGCUCGUCUUUAGGUACCGAAACACACUGUACAUUUUAUAAAUAGGUGUUUCAAAGGCUUUUUCUUUGUUCUAGUCUCUUGUAGGCCUCUGCACUGUUUAGUCUCCUUUACCUGAGCACUGUACCUAGAGCCAUAGCUCAACUUUUACUCAGCAGUGUUGAGCUGUUCAGCGCACAUGGAGCACUAACACUGUUUAACAAGAGUAAGAUCAAACUCAUUUAGAGUUGAGCGUGUCUCUCAGGAGCUGAUUUCUCUUCCUGAGAGGCGUUUGACCCUGAACAGUCUGCAUGUCUUUAUACUCGCUAGCUUGUACGAUUUCAUAAACUUCUCCUUGACUGAAACGUUUUGUACCAAGACAGGGAAAUCGAAGAACUAACUUUUCUCGUGGUUGUUUCUUCAGCGUUUUGUAGUAACGAGAAAGGUUGCCAAUUGUAUUUUGCCCACUUUAUUAAAUUUUCAAAGAGCUGCA